AUGCAUUACAGCAGCAGCCAUAAGAUACUGCUGGUUGGAGAGGGUGAUUUCUCUUUCGCCGCUUGCUUAGCAAGAUUUCUAGGUCCCAUGGUCAACCUGGUCGCCACAUCUCUUGAUUCUAAAGAGACGUUGAGGAAAAAGUACAAUGGAGCGAUGUCAAACUUAAAAGCACUCAAAGAACUUGGAUGUACCAGCAUCCAUGGUGUAGAUUGCUGCAGUAUGAAACAACACAUUGCCCUCCGUUUAGACUUCUUUGAUCGGAUUGUCUACAAUUUUCCUCAUUCUGGAUUCCACGGCUGUCGUGAAGAUACAAAUUUUGUUAUCGAGUUCCAUAAGAGAGUGGUGAGGGGCUUCUUGAGGAACGCGGUUCAGAUGCUGACAAUGAAUGGAGAAGUUCAUAUAACUCAUAAAACUUCACACCCAUUCAAUAUGUGGCGAAUUGAGGAGCUUGCCAAUGAAGCUGGAUUACGGUUGGUUGAACAAGUGCCGUUUUCGUUGUGGUGUUAUCCCGGCUAUCAGAACAAGAGAGGAGAUGGAAAUAAACCAGAUGAGAGCUUCCCUGUUGGAGCUUGCAGUACUUUCAAGUUUAAGAAAAUGAUCUAGUU